AUGGUCCGCUGGAUCUCCAGCGCCGGACCUGCGGGGAUCUCGCUCACUCUGGCGACCAUCCGCGACCACGUGGCCGUGAUGGCACGCGACAUGGGCAAGCCAUCCACCUUCCGUUGCUCUGUCGGGUGGGUUCGCCGUGCUAUGCGGCGGAAUGGCAUCCGCUGCAUUGCCUCAUCGGGCGAGGCCGCCGAUCAGGACAUGGCGGCGGUGCGGACAUGCCACCGCGCUAUGGAUCUCGGUCCUUCCGCGAAAGACCUACGGCGGUGCGCCAAGGAACGCCUCACCGUCGACCUGCUCGUGAACGCAGAUGGAAGCCACGCGUUCCGCCCGCUCGUCAUCUCCAAGUCGAAGCGGCCGCAUGCGUUCCGUCCGGAUUACGACCCCGACGCCCCACGUCCUCAAGAGCGAGCACGCGGAGUCCGAGGACAUCUUCGGCUUCCGCACUCGCUCCCUCCGCAACACCGGCUGGUGUUCCUCCCGCCGAACACCACCUGCUUCACCCAGCCGCUUGACCAGGGCCUCAUCGUGAUGAUGAAGGCUCGGUACCGCCAGCCUUGGCUCGAGGCGGUGACGGCCCUGUGGGUGGAAGGCAGCUCCACGGCGACUCUGGCGCGCUUCAAGCCCAAUCUCCGCAAGGUCCUCGACUGGCUUCUCGACGCGUGGAUGAACAUCGGCCCGCGCACCAUCCAGCGUUGCUGGUGGCGCACGGGCUGUCUCCCGCUUGCGUGGGCCUUAUCCUUGGCCCACGUGGGCGCUGGUGGACUCACUCCCGGCGGCACGGCUACUGCGCCGCUGCCCAUCGAUCUCGACGAGGAGAUUGGCGACGUGGGCAUCUUGAUCGACCGGCUGGCGCUCGGUCCGAGUGCAAUGCCGGCCGCCGACUUCGUCGCCAUUGAUGACGGGCAGCCGACGCGCGCCAAACCGGGCGAGGAUCCCCUCGCCAUUGAGCCCGCCACGGCGUAUUCGGCGCAGUCUUGGGAGCUGCCCGCAACCAUGCAGACCGUGUUCGACGAUGUGGACACGGCGACGCGCGAAGCACGUCGCACGGCGCAGGCGGCGUGUGAAAUGCUCAUCGGAUAUGCGCGCGCGAAAUGCGUCACCCCCCGCGAGCUCUGCGCUCUCUUCGAAAUUCGCAACCCCAUCAUCGUGGGGCGCAUGGAGCGGGCAAGCUCGCCAAUCAACUAG